AUGACAGAAUGCAGCCGAGACUCUGGACUUCGAAAUGGUUUCGAUUCACUCACAACUGCAUUGGCGAAUGGUUUGAAAGUUGAGUUGGAGCAAGUUGUCGAGAAAAUUGCUUAUGUUGACGAUGGUAGCUAGGUGAAAAUUAAGUGCCGAUAUGGUGGUGAGGAAUACAUGUACAGAGCAGACGUUUGUCUAUGUACACUACCGUUAGGAGUAUUGAAGCAUUCAGUUGAACAUAUCAACCAAGCUCCUAUUUUCAUACCCGCACUUCCGGUGUGGAAGAUUAGAGCGAUUCAGUCGCUUGGAUUUGGGAAUCUCAACAAGGUGAUCCUUAUCUUCGAAAAGCCAUUCUGGAAUCAACUUCAAGCAUUCGGUCAUACGUCUGAAAGCAGUUUGUCUCGUGGCGAAUUCUAUAUUUUCUAUCCGGUAUGCGAUAUGCCAGUGUUAAUCGCCAUGAUGGCUGGUGAAGGUGCUUCAGUGACUGAAACUCUUCCAGAUGAGAUUAUUUUGAGCAAAGCCAUGAAAAUUCUUUCAUCCAUUUUUGGAGCAUCAUGUCCUAAGGAGCCAAUCGAUUCUGUAAUCACGAAAUGGCAAUCGGAUUUAUUCGCGCGUGUUUGCCAUUGUGUUAUGACAAUGUUUUGCAAUUCAGGCGAUACAUAUGAUCAACUGGCUGCACCCGUUUAUAGUAAAUGUGGCGAACCAAAAAUUUUCUUCGCUGGAGAGCAUACAAAUCGUAACUAUCCUGCAUCGGUACACGGCGCGUUGCUGUCGGGUUUACGCGAGGCUGGACGUAUUGCUGAUGAACUUAUCGGUUGUCCGUAUAGUCCAUUCUAUUGCAAAGAUGAAUUAGUUGCAUCCACCUCGCAUGAAUGA